GAUCUCAACUUCUCUCUCUUUCACGCUGCUUCUCGUUGGAGCAAAAUGAGAGAUCUGUAUCGAUGCUAUUUCCGUCUUCAAAUUUCUUUGUGAUGGUGUUAUUUGAUUUGUAGAUGUUUGUAUUUAUGUCUGUAUGAAGUUUUUCGUCCUUUGUUUGUGGUGAUGAUUCUUGCACAUCAGGUGUUUGUGUAUAUGAGUCUAAGAAGCUACAUUUGGUUGCCACCCUCUCGCUGGGGCAUCCUAGCAGAAAAAAAUCUGAGCUUUAGCUGUUCUUUGCUUUCUCUAUUCAGCAGGCAGAUUAGAUAGAACAGAGAAAGGGGAAAAUGUCGUACAUGCGCGGAGACUUGCUAUCCAGGACAAGGAAGUUGGCGAAGGGUCUCGCAAAGCCUACCCCGGUGUGGCUUAAACCCAUGGAAGAGGCGUCGCCGGUGACAUUCCCACGGACGGAUGGGAAGAUCAGGAAGAUUGAAAUGCCGGAGGAUGUAUAUGUCAAGAGAUUCUUCAAGAAGCAUCCGGAUUCUCUCUACCAUGAUGCUGUCAAGAUAAGUGGUUUUGAUCCUCCUCCAGCACGAGUUUUUGCUUGGCGUGUUUUGGAGCUCAAGGGACAAGGUGUUAGUGAAGAGGGAGCCAUGGCUGUAGCUGAUAUGGAAUAUCGAGCUGAGAACAAGGCAAAGAAGAAGGCGUACUCUGAGCUGAAGCAAGUUGCACGGUUGCAAGGGAAGAAGCCACCUCCAAAUCCCUACCCGAGUGCCAUUAAAGAAAUACAAGCAGUGGAGAAGAAAUUUGUCCGAGACCGUUUCUUUAAUCCCAAAAUACUUGAGAUUGUGCAGAAGAUGAAAGCAGAAAAAGUUGCAGAGAUGCAAGAAGGACAAAGAGAGUUUGGCAACGGCAGGGGUGGUGGUGGUCAGCGUGGUGGAUGGAAAGGUGGCCAGCAUCAGUAAUUUAGAUCCGUCGGUACAUAGAUUGAAUUGUUACUUGCUUUUUGCAUCUUGUCAUUUUGGUUAGGAGUCAGUCAGUCUUUUCCAUGUGAGCAAUCUGAAGUGCAAUAAAGGAUUAUUAUGGAACAAUGAAAAAUGUCUUUUUGUUAAAGAUGCCUUUCUUAA